CCAUCACCUGGACUGUCUCAGUGGACACCACUACCACCUACACUGCCUCAGCGAACCCAUCACCCGGACUGUCUCAGUGGACACCACUACCACCUACACUGCCUCAGCGAACCCAUCACCUGGACUGUCUCAGUGGACACCACUACCACCUACACUGCCUCAGCGAACCCAUCACCCGGACUGUCUCAGUGGACACCACUACCACCUACACUGCCUCAGCGAACCCAUCACCCGGACUGUCUCAGUGGACACCACUACCACCUACACUGCAUCAGCGAACCCAUCACCUGGACUGUCUCAGUGGGCACCAGCAGGCGACAGUGGAGCGAGGGCGAGCCUUGCGUAUAGUGUGGGAAGCUGUAAGGUGAGCUUGUCCGAGGAGGCAAGUAACAUGUGGAUGGGUUGAGGGAGAGGCGGGGAGCGUAUAUGGUGGUGAGGAGAGAGGGAGAGAGAGAGAGAGAGGAAGGGGAGGCAGGCGGUGUUGAGUGCCGGGAAGAAGAGUGAGGGGCAGCUGCCUCUCCCCCUCCACCAACGGACGGUGGAACCUUAAACAGUCUCUCCCUGGGACGGUCACUCCAACACUCUGGGGCUCCCUACAACACCCCGCACCCUUCCCCAACACUCGCAGCAACACUCUACAACUUAACACUCACCUUGCAAGUGUUACCAAUAUACAACAUUGUAGUGUUUACAGAAAGAUCAUAUGAUAACUUAUAAAAAUCUGCCUUAAAAUUAUUGAACCCAACAAGUGCUUAGUGAGAAGAUAUAGACGUUGAAUACUUAAUGUGUAAAUUACUGAUAAAUAAACGGAAAUAAGGUGUUGAAGAGGAAAGUGUUAAGGUUUAGUGAGCGUAGGGUGCAGCAGUGGUCUAGGAGGCCGCUAGGGUGCAGCAGUGGUCUAGGAGGCCGCUAGGGUGCAGCAGUGGUCUAGGAGGCCGCUAGGGUGUAUACGGUGAUGUCACACUUCCCCGUCCUCACAAUACCUUUGAUAGCGACUAAUUAGCAUUAAGAUGAUGUGCGGUAACGACUAAAGAGAAGACCUGAUUGUGUGGUUCACCGCAGUCUGAAGUGGAGGAAAUAGUUAUGGAAGGUGCAAGUGGGUGAUGGAGGAAGGUGAAGGAGUGUGUGUGUGAGGGAGGGCGUUGCUGCCUCUCACCCUCCUGCAGUAUACCUGGAGUAUACCUCCAGCGACACACGUCAUCUCUACUAGUUACUGUACAGGUGCAUGAACACAUCUGAGGAUGGGUCAGAACUUGUGCUGCCCUAAAAAGGGGCAACAACCCCAAAACCACCAUGGACAGUUUGACAAUAUCGAACCCAUGCCAACACCGAUGCAGGAACUAGCACCACCCAUAUACAACGAAGUCAAUGGAAUUCAUUACUCGAUGCCCCGUGCCCAUGGCAUUUCCUACCAUGUUGAAGGUAAAGCGGAUGGCAACACCUCCAUGACACCUCCCCAUGGUGGUGGAGGAAACCCACGGUAUUAUCCAGACCCGUCGAGAGGCAGACCUGCUUAUAACUCCCAACAACAUGGAGUUGAUGUUAUCCGCUCAAAUUCAGGACAAGGGUUACCAGCACAUGGUUGGGUCCAGCAGCAUCAUGGUAGCCACAUGCGGAUGCGGAAGGAGUCGGUUAGGUGUUCUCAUCGCUGGACACCCAGAUCCAAUACACCAGAACCAGUUACACCUUCGACUCCUUCACGUGGAGGACGCAUUGUGGUGGCCAUGUAUGCAUUCCAGGGGCGCAGUAGUGGUGAACUUAGCUUUGAUAAAAGCGAUAAAAUGGAGAUCCUUAAUGAUGCUGAUGCGGACUGGUGGUUGGCGAGACACAUGACGAGAGGAACAGAAGGCUACAUACCAAAAAAUUACGUAGCGUCUGCGUCUUCCCUUGAAUGUCAAGACUGGUACUUCGGCAAGAUAGCAAGAAAGGAAGCGGAGAAAUUGUUAAUGACUCGAGGAAACUUAAGAGGGACUUUCCUCAUCCGCAUGUCUGAACAGUCUAGUCAUGGGUAUUCCCUCAGUAUAAGGGACUGGGACCAACACAAGGGUGAACACGUCAAGCACUACCGUAUCAAAGUCACAGACACAGGAGGAUAUUUUAUCACAUCGUCGCAAGCCUUCCGAACACUGAAUGACUUGGUUGAUGCCUAUAAAAAGAACAAUUACGGACUAGCGUGCCUCUUGCAGUAUCCUUGUCCACGGCCACAACCCCAGAAGUGGGACUUGUCUCGAGAGACAAAAGAUCAGUGGGAGAUUGAUCGUUCUGUCCUUUCCAUGGAUAAAAAGUUGGGACAGGGUUCAUUUGGUGAAGUGUGGUAUGGAAUGUGGAAUAACUCGACAGAGGUAGCCAUCAAAACUCUUAAACAAGGAGCAAUGAGUCCCUCUGCCUUCCUGGAAGAAGCAAGAAUCAUGAAAAAAUUACGACAUCGUAACAUACUAGUUUUGUAUGCUGUCUGUACCAAGGAGGAACCAAUCUUAAUUGUCACCGAGUACAUGUGUAAUGGUGCUUUAUUAGAUUUGCUCAGGAAUGAAGGCGAACGCUCCUUAAAACUAAAUGACCUUAUAUAUGUGGCUACACAGGUUGCAGCAGGGAUGGCAUAUCUUGAAAGCCUACAGUUACUACAUAGAGAUUUAGCUGCUCGCAAUGUAUUAGUUGGCGAUUCUUUGCUGUGCAAAGUUGCUGAUUUUGGCCUUGCAAGAAUAGUUGAGGGUGAAGACUACUGUCCCAGCACCUGUAACAAGUUUCCUGUUAAGUGGACAGCACCAGAAGCGAUGUUAUACAACCGUUUCACUAUCAAGUCAGAUGUCUGGUCAUUUGGAGUACUUCUAAUGGAAGUCGUCACAUAUGGUGCUAACCCAUAUCCAGGGAUGACCAAUCGAGAGGUUGCAGAAGCGGUGCCCAAUGGAUAUCGAAUGGGUAAACCAAUCAAUCAACACUGUCCUGAUCCUCUCUAUGAACUCAUGUGUAAAUGUUGGAACUUGGAUCCUGUACAAAGACCUACAUUUUAUCACCUGUGUACUUACUUCUCAGAUUUUGAUAUAAUAGGCAGUGAUCCGGAUUAUGCAGACACAAAUGCUGCUCCCUCAUAGAGCUUACGUUUUUCAGGGAGUACUCACUUCUUGCAAUUCCAAAAUACACAAGUUAGCCUCCAAGAUUACCAAAUACAUGUACACUGAUAGUUAUCCGACAGAUUUAUUCAGAGUUACAUUGUGAUAUGUGUAUUAAUUGGUUUUAAACAGCAUUGCAAUUUAAGGAUUUGGGUGCAACAAUAUCAGGUUAGGAUUAAGUUAAUUAUUUGACUGUAUGUGUAUGUGAUUAUGAUUAUUAGUUUGUAUAUAGUUGUAUGAAUUUAUGUGUAUAUAUAUAUAUAUAUAUAUAUAUAUAUAUAUAUA